AUGUCAGAGUACUUGAUAAAAUUUCUCGUCUUCUCAACUCUUCUUCUUGGGGCAACAGCAUCACGAGCGUUAGCCCCAUUCCUCUCGCCAUUAGACGAGAAAAGGUAUUGCGUUCUUACAAAAAAAGUACAUAUUAAUGUGGUCAAUGCCAUUCCCUCGUCCAGUUUGUGGUUGCACAUUGUGAAGGGAAAUGACGAUAAAGGGUACCGUGUCCUGUCCACGGAUGAGGAGUUUCACUUCGAUUUCUGCUAUAAUCCCAAAGAUCCUGAUUAUGUUUGCACGGCUUUGUGGGCUGGGAAAACAUCGACUUUCUAUUUAUUCAAAUAUGACCAGAACAUCUGCGAGAAUGACACCUGUUAUUUCGAGGCGAGAAGCGAUGGCAUAUACUGUCCGGAUGAUUCUAAUCAUCAACAACUAAAGAAGAUCCAAGGCUGGAGCUGA